AAUCGAACCCUAACCCCAACAAUAGAAAUUGGAUUGAAUUGUGAGGUCCCUAACGAAGCGCCGGCUCCAGGCAUAAGCGACAUAUGCAGUCGCUUAGGGCCCCUGACCGCCAGUGGUGCCUCCUACUGCUAGGGAGCCCUUGACCGAUAGGGGAAAGGGGGCCCCAAAUCACAUGCCCCAACGUUUCCCACCCCUAGUAACUAAUUACUUAAAAUGUAACAACCUAAGCUACCGUUCAACGGUUAGAAAUGUCACUUAGAAAUGUCACUUAGAAAUGUCCUUGUUUUCGAAAGAAAAGCUCAUUAUCAGCACCCAUUAGUCCUGAGGCAUGUUGUGUUUGCUCAUUUUAUUGAUCAUUAGAUACCCUUUUUGCAAUUAUUUUAGCACAGAUGAAAACUGUUGUGCUGAUUAAAGUUGACUAGUAGACUAGUUGGUGCACCAGAGAUUCGAUUACAGGCUCAAAAGGGCCAGAAACUCAUCAGUUUAUUCUUGUUCUGAGAAAUGAAGGCUAUUCCAUGCAAGAAAUGGACUGAGAUGUUGUACAACGCUGUGUACUACUCCCUUCACAAAGCAGAGAGUGGGUGGCCCCGGUCCACAACUGAGCAAGAGGACAAACACAUUAGACACCAUUACAGGCCCUCAACUGGCAGCUUAAUUAAAUGGUACCCGCAAAACCCCAGUCUCCACAUCAACAGUGAAGAGGCUACUCUGGGAUGCUGGCCAUCUAGGCAGAGUUGUUAAGAAAAAGCCACAUCACAGACUGCCCAAUAAAAAUUAAAAAUUAAGAUGGGCAAAAAUAACGCAGACACAGGCUUGUCAAUGAUUAUAUGUCCUAUUCAAUUAUCUAUAUUUCCUAUUGAAACUCAUUUAAUUUGUGUUUUCAUGGAAAACAAGGCCAUUUUUAAGUGACCACAAACUUUCGAACGGUGGUGUAUUUUCACUGUAAAGAGGGAAACAGGUUGUGGACAAGCAUAGUAAGAGUGAAAAUAAGGGCAUGAUGAAUGUGUCAAAAUUCUCCUUAAUUUUUCAGUACCAUUAUGGCAUCUUUCCUAUUUCCAUAUUAACAGCGUAGCUCUUGCAAUCUACUCUAUUCUAAAUCCUUUGUGUGCAUAUUCCUUGUGUUCAGUAAACCACAAUGGCUCCAACCAUUAAGAAACUGCUUCUAGAAACCCUGGAGGAGCUGGUUGACAACGAGCUGAAGAGAUUCAAGUGGCACUUGUCAGAAGGUGUGCUGGAAGGCUUUCCUCAUAUCAAAAGGAGUCAACUAGAAAAAGCUGAUAGGCAGGAUAUUGUAGAUAAGAUGGUGAAGACAUAUGGCCAUGAGGGAGCUGUGGAAAUCUCACUGGAGGUCCUGAGGAAGAUGAACCAGAAUGAUCUUGUUGAGAAGCUUCAUGGAGACAGUCAAACAGCAACAGCCACACUAAAGUGUACUACCACAAACCAGAGCAGAAGCUCAGGCUUCCUGAUGCUGUGCGGGUGUGCCAGUCCUUCAACCGUGAAUGGAGGAAACAGAAUGAGAUCCAAGCAGAAUAGAAAAACUGUUGAAAAGCCAUCUAAGACCUUCCAAAAGGAACUGAAAUCCAAUCUGGUCAAACAAGGAAAUGAAAAUCUUAACAUGGUCUAUACAGAGCCUUGCAUCACAGAUGGUGGAAGUGAUGAUGUUAGUAAUGAACCUGAUGUUGGACAGAUUGAGACAUUAUCUGGAAGACCAGCCAAACAAAAGAUGCCCCUCAAUUACAGUGACAUCUUUCAAACCUCAUCUCGAGCAGACAGAUAUAUCAGAACUCUAAUGACAAUUGGAGUUGCUGGUAUUGGGAAAACUGUGUCAGUGCAGAAGUUCAUUCUUGAUUGGUCUGAAGGAAAAGCCAAUCAGGAUCUUCAGUUCAUAUUUCCAAUAACCUUCCAGGAUCUGAAUUCACUGAAGGGGAAAAAUCUCAGUUUGAUUGAACUUCUGAAUCACUUUUUUAAGGAGACCAAAGAAUUGAAGAUGCCUAACUAUGAUGACGUCAAUGUUUUGUUCAUCUUUGAUGGCCUGGAUGACUGUGAACUUCCUCUAGAUUUCCAGAGUAGUAAGACCUGUGAUGUCAGAGAGUCUACCUCUGUGGAUGUGCUUUUGACAAACCUCAUCAAGGGGAAUCUGCUUCCUUAUGCCCAAAUCUGGUUAACCUCCCGACCUGCAGCAGCCAAUCGCAUCCCUCCUGAAUACAUUGACUAUGUGAUGGAAGCACAAGGAUUCAAUGAUCUUCAGAAGGAAGAGUAUCUCAAGAAGAGAAUUAAUAAUGACAGCCUGGCUAUAAGGGUCAUUGAACACAUUAAGUCGUACAGGAGCCUGUAUGUGAUGUGUAACAUACCAGAGUUCUGUUGGAUUUCCGCCACUGUAAUGGAGAAAAUGGGAGUUGAACCAGAGAGUGGAGAGAUGCCAAAAACAAUCACUCAGAUGUAUGGGCAGUUCCUAGCAUUUCAGAAGAAGAAUUGUGCAGAAAGUUGUUUGGAUCCUCUGUGGACAAAAGAGAGCAUCCUGUCCAUGGGUAAACUGGCAUUCCAACAGCUGGAUAAAGACAAUCAGAUAUUCUAUGAGGAAGACCUGAAAAACUGUGGAAUUAAUGAUAGUGAGAUCAAUUUGUACUCAGGUGUGUGCACAUCGCUUUUUGUGGACAAUUGUGAGCAGUCCCAGGGGAAGGUGUUCAACUUUAAACAUCCAAGCGUUCAGGCAUUUCUGGCAGCUCUGUAUGUGUUUCUGUCCUUCAGACUGGGUGUGAAUCUAAUGUCCAAACAGAAAAAAGACAACCGUGUAAACAAUUUCUAUAAAGAUGCAGUGGACAAGGCUUUGAAGAGUGAGAGUGGACAUCUGGACUUGUUUCUACGCUUCCUAUUGGGCCUCUCAUUGGAGUCCAAUCAGCUUCUCCUGCAAGGUUUUCUGACCGAGACUGGAAGCAGCACAAAGAACAUUGAAGAUACAGUAAAAUACAUCAAAGAGAAAAUCAGAAAGAAUACCUCUCCAGAAAGUUGUAUCAAUCUUUUCUUAUGUUUGAUUGAGCUGAAUGACCAUUCCCUAGUGGAGGAUAUCCAAAUGUUCCUAAAUUCAGGAAGUCUCUCUGAAGCCAAACUGUCAGGCGCACAAUGGCAAGCUUUGGUGUUUGUAUUGCUAACUUCAAGCAAAGAACUGGAUGAGUUUGACCUGAGAAAAUACUGUAAAUCAAACGACGGUCUUCUGAGAAACAUUCCUAAGGUCAGAGUGAACAAAGAUGCUGGAUUAAAAUUCUGCCAGAAAAGCUCAAGUUUAGAAGUUGGCUUUCUACGGCUGCUGCCUGUAGUUAAAGUCUCUCGAAGAGCUGUGUUGAAUCAAUGCAACCUCUCAGAGAGAAGCUGCAGAGCAUUGGUCUCAGUCCUUUCCUCAAAUGUUUCUCUCCUGAAAGAAUUGGAGCUGAACAUCAAUGACCUAGAGGAUUCAGGAGUAAAAUGUCUCUCCUCUGGAUUGACAAGUAUACACAGUAAACUGGAGAUACUGAGGCUGAAUCGAUGCAACCUCACUGAGAGAUGCUGUGAGGUUCUGGCCUCAGUUCUCAGCUCAAACUCGUCACACCUAACAAACUUGGACCUGAGUGACAACGACCUGAAGGAUUCAGGAGUGAAGCUGCUCUCUGUUGGAUUAGCAAAACCAGAGUGCAAACUGGAGAUCCUAAGGUUGUCUGGCUGUCUUGUCACAGUGGAUGGGUUUACUUCUCUGAAUUUAGUGGUGGCGUCUAACCACUCACACCUGAGAGAGCUAGAUCUGAGCUACAAUCACCCAGGAGACAUAGGAGUAAAGCUUUUCUCCAAAGCACUGAAGAACAAAAGCAAACUUCAGAAAAUCAUCAUGGAACCUAAAGGAGAGAACUGGAUAAAACCUGGGCUGAAGAAAUAUGCCUGUGACCUUACUUUGGACCCAAACACAGCACACAAACACUUCUCAUUCAGCCGGAGCAACAGAAAGGUGUCACGAAAACCAAUGUCAGUAUUGGGGGAAAGGGUGGACGAUCACCCUGAGAGGUUUGACAAAACGCCUCAGGUGCUGUGUGCAGAGGGUCUGUCUGGGCGGUCCUACUGGGAGGCAGAAUGGAGUGGCUUAGGAGCUUCUAUAGGAGUUGCUUACAAAAGUAUUGGCAGGAAGGGGGAUGGGGAUGACUGUGUGUUUGGCCUCAACGACAUGUCCUGGUGUCUUGAGUGUUCCAACAAAUGUUCCUACACUGCCUGGCACAACAACAAGAGCACAGUCAUAACCAUCCCAUCUCUCUCACACAGAGUAGGAGUAUAUUUGGAUUGGCCGGCCGGUAUUCUGUCCUUCUACAGCGUCUCCUCUAACACACUGACGCACCUGCAUACAUUCUUCCAGAAGACAUUUGUUGAGCCUCUUUACCCUGGGUUUAAAAUUGACAAGGCUAAGUUGGGUGGAAUUUCUGUUAAUUCCUCUGUGCUUCUGAGUCAGGUAGAAUAACGCCUUAUAUUCUGAUGAGAACAGGUGGGAGUCAUACUCAACCACAUAUUCAACUACAAUUGUGUGAAAUUCUGUUUUGUAAAUAAUAUAAUACGUAUUUUAGCUUCUUUUUGUAGUUAAUGAAAUAGUUAUAAUAUUAAUAUCCUGUGAGUUCUCAAUUAAAAUGACAAAA